CUAGCAAGCCCCGCCCCACCGCGCACCGACCCAGCGCGCGCGCAUCCCCCACGUACGUAUACACCUCGCUCGGCUCACCUCUCUCCUCCGCCACCUCCUCCGCAACAACCACGCCCGCGCUCAUACCCGCCUGCCUCGUCCUCGCGCCGCGCACAUACCUCGCCCGGCCUCUUCGCUUUCUGCGCCUUUCGCCGCCGCCGCGCUUCUUCUCCCGCGCUCCAGCCUGUCGUCCCCGCGCCGGACCACUGCUGCCCCUCGCCGGAACACCGCGUGCGCUGACGGACACUGCCACCGUGACCGCAACCACAACUCACGGCCACACAUACGCCUGCCACCAACGCACUCAACACACACACACACACCCCACAAUGGCAUCCUCAGUAGCCUCGAAACGGCUCUUCCACGAGUACAAAGCGCUGACGUCGGACCCGCCCGAGGGCAUUACGGCGGGCCCGGUGACAGAGGACGACAUGUUUGUGUGGGAAGCGCUGAUCCAGGGCCCGGAGGGGACGCCGUUCGAAGGCGGCGUGUUCCCGGCUGAGCUCAAGUUCCCCAAGGACUAUCCCCUUGCGCCGCCGACGAUGCGCUUUACGUGCGAGGUCUGGCAUCCGAAUGUCUACCCCAACGGCACCGUCUGCAUCAGCAUCCUGCACCCGCCCGGCGACGACCCGAACCACUACGAGCACGCGUCGGAGCGGUGGUCGCCCAUCCAGUCGGUCGAGAAGAUCCUCAUCUCGGUCAUGAGCAUGCUCGCCGAGCCGAAUGACGAGAGCCCGGCUAAUGUCGAUGCCGCCCGCAUGUGGCGCGAGCGGAGGGCCGAGUAUGAGAGCGUGGUUCAGGGCGUUGUGAGGAGGGGGCUGGGUUUGUAGGGGGUUGGGGUUGCAUGGGUGGGCCUGUUGACGGUUGCAAGCUUCAUGGGCGAGAGCGAGAGCGCGCGUCUGGCCCAACGAAGGCCGUGAGUCGCGGCUGGCGUUGUCCAGCGCUUCUGGUGGCGUUUUUACAGAAUCCAGAAGUCCUAGGUGUCGGCUGCACGCCUGCUUCUGCAUCUCCUCAUCCGCCCUCAGUAUGUACGUACCGCCGCAGCCCAGCAGCCUACUUACUCUUAAAGCCUUACAUACUACAUACAUGCGCUUGCGAGCGCGCGAGCGCUUGCAUGCAUCCAACACAUUCCACACACCCACACGCACACACACAUGCAUGCACGCACGCACGUACGCAUAGAUUCGUAGAGCACACCGCCGUUAUAGACAGAAGGGUUAGAGCGCACUGCGCUCGUACAUACAUACAUACAUACAUACAAACAUACAUACAUACGCGCG